GUUUUUAGAGGGAAAAUUGAAUAUAACUAAAAACAUGGAGUAUUUUUAUUUCAUUUCUAGAAUAAUCUCAUUUUUACCCUAUUAUAUCUAACACUACUAAAAGCCCGAUAUCAUGGCAUUCUAAGGUGUCCACGUAGGACAGUUAAUUAGAGCCAAUCCCACAGCUUGGUUACUCCACGUCACCAUCGUAUUUGUGUAUUUUCAUUAGAGAAAUACGAUGUGUUUGGGUCAUACAAACCAAUCCGAGUUAGUGGGCUUUUUAAAAUAUUUUAAGCCCAGUCCAUCACCAACAACUCUCCAAAGUCGUAUCGUUUCUUUCCUCUCCGCCGACUGUCGUAUCUUCUUCUUCUCUUGCCUUUCCCCUUCCACCUCUUUCGUUACUCUUCUCCAGAUCCUUCAGAUCCGUUUCACCACUAUCUGAUCUAAUCAAUCCUCUUACUGAACUUAAUCAAUGGAUUCCUUUCACCUUCCUCUUCGUUUCUCUAUUUAUAAAUCUCUUUUCAUAGUUUAUAUUUCCAUUAAAAUCCAUAAGAUUCUCUCAAGUAACUAUCUCGAUGGAAUCCAAAGGCAACUCUACAGUCUCCAGCGAUCAGAAGACCAACGAGAAGACGUUCGCUUCCUCCGCGACUAUGAAGCCACACGGGAAGUCUACUGCUGCCUCGGCGAUUGCGGCGAAACCUAACGGCAAGAGUGAUAAGAAGACCAACGAGAAGACGUUUGCUUCCUUCGCGUCUAUGAAGCCACACGGGAAGUUUACUGCUGCCUCGGCGAUUGCGGCGAAACCUAACGGCAAGAGUGAUGUUCCAUCUGACAUUCCGAAGAAGCAAAAAUCUGAUGUUGCUCUCUCCUCCGCGCAUGGCGACCGAUAGAUGUUCUUCAGAGAUGUUUCAUUCAGCCCACACGAAGCGGAGCUGAGGUUUCGUCUGAUUCACUUUUGGGAGGCUCGAAAUCUAAACACGAAAGAACUCAUCGGACAGGAGAUGCUUCUUAUUGACGAAGAGGGAACUGUCAUCCAAGGUUUUAUUACAGCAGGACGGGUUGGGAUGUAUAAGCUGACAUCAGGUUCUGUUUAUAAACUGAGUAACUUCUUCGGAUCCAGAAGCAAAGUCCAGUUUCGGGUUGCUGAUCAUAGGGCCACCAUUUCGUUCUCUUGGAACUCUGAUUUGAAAGUUCUCGAGAACCAUCCGGUCCCAAUUCUCGAAGACAGGUUCAGGUUCCAUAGGUACGAGGAGUUUCAUGCCAACUGCGACCGCAGAGUUGAUCUUUAUGAUUAUGUUGGCCACAUGAAACUGGUGAAUGGGCAGACUAUCACUGACCACACUGCUCUUGAUGAAGUUGACAUAGCAGAGAAGCGGCAUCUGUGUGUUCAUGUACAAACACAUGACGGACCAGUGAUGAAGCUCUAUCUAUGGGACAAUGCUGCAUCCGAGUUCUGCCAGAAGUUCAUAUCAUAUGGACGGACUCCAACCGUUCUUUUGGUCACCACAGUAAACCCUAAACAUCUUGGAGGAACCCUUGCUCUUGCUUCUAUGGCAUCAUCUAGAGUGUUUAUGGAUACUGAUGUCCAGCCUACCAAGGAUUAUCUUGCAUGAUAGGCAUUUCUGUAGUCAGAUCAUUUUUCAUACAGCUUCUGCUUUGUCAUUUCAUGUGACUUUCUAACAUAUUUUUGUGUUCCUCAAUUUCCUCAGGCUGAGCUAUAACUUGGACAUUGCUAAUAAGAUUACGGCAGAGGUUGUCACUAAGCCUGAGCCAGUAACACUAGAGGAACUAUACUCUUACAUCAAGCAGGAGACUACUAAGGUUCAAAGUUGAUCUGUUUUAUCAUUCAUUAUGACAUGCUUGGGUAUUUAUGAAGUUUAUUUUUCUCAAUUUUGCAGGUUGCUUGGUUUGAGUGCACAACAACUAUAGAUGAUAUUGUCCAGAGUUCUUCUUGGUAUUAUAUUUCUUGUGGUGGGUGUAAUAGUAAGGCAAUCAAAGGGCCUACUUCACUGAUUUGCAACAAUAAGAAGUGUGUGAAAAGGGAGGUCACAGGCGUUCCUCAGUAAGUAUUUUAGACAAUGUUUUAUCUACUUUUUGUAAGAAAUAAUAACUAAUCAUCUUUCAUUGCAGAUAUCUCACGAAGAUUGAUGUUUAUGACAAGAGUGAACAAGCAGUUUUUGCCAUUCUUGGUGAUGUUGGUAAAGAGUUGACUGGGAAGCAUGCAUCCGAAUUGGUUGCCAAAUGUUUUGAGGUAAUUUCAAGUCUGUCUAUGUUGAGCCCCAUAUUGGUCUAACUAAAAAUUAAUUUAUUGAAUGUUAGUCAAAUGAGGGAUUAGGAGCUGACCAUCCCGUGCCGGUACCGCAAGCUUUACUUGAUACGAUAGGGCACACGCACAAGUUCAUUGUCAAAGUCUCAGAUCAUAAUCUAACAGGCAAGACUCAAACCAUAACUGUCACAAAGAUACUUCCACCAGAAGCUCCACUUGCUAUAGCACACUUGGAAGAAGGCACUACUCCAGCAGUGUCCGAUGAUGUUUUGAAGGGUGUAGGUGAUGAAUCUGGUCCUUCUACAAGCUUUGAGCAUUCCGCUGGUGAUAGGGUUAGAAAAUCCUCUGAGAGUCUUGAAUCACUUGAAGCAAAGCGUUCCAAGAGUGGCUAAUAAAGCCUCAGCCUAUCCUCUUAUGCAGUGAUUGUGUGUUGCUGCAGUUUAAGUAAUGGUCUUAUGUGGCUAAUAAGUUUUAAGUACUGGUUUUGUUUAUUAAGUUAUUGUGCUUUGUUUCUUUCAUAUUCAAACUUUGUCUUUGCAGCAUCUGAACUAUCUUUGUUAAAACUUUUUUGGUUAUCCUUAUGUUUGCUACUCCUUUUUGUUAAACAUUUUAGUAUUGAUGUAUCUGAUGCUUUAUAUUUUUAGGUUCGAUAUUUAAAUUGGGUCAUGUGGACUUUAUUUCCUGCUCUAUUUGUUCUUUGCAAUACUACCCAAAUGGAACCUGGUUUGCCUGAUCCUGAUACAAAGCAUUUUAUUUGAAAAUGUGAGGUUAAGAUUGCUAAUAUUUACACAUUUAUACACGAAUAUUGCCUCUUACACUUUAGGAAAUUAGCUACAAUUACGUGUCUGAUAUAUUAUUUAUCAACACAAAAUCAAUCAACCUAAGUAAUUCUAUUAACCUUAUUAUUUUCAACGCCUCCCUCUGCACAAACGCUUCUCACCAAUUCGCGACUGCUCACAACAGGUACUCAUACAAUAAUAUUUGGUCAGUCUCAGAUUACUCAGCCUUGUGUUGAUUGGUUUCACAGUAAUAUAUGGCUUUUGAUUAAUUUACCAUGUUCUGCUCUUAAUCUAUGUGGUGAAGCUUUGAGUUUCAUUCGAUUUUGCUCUCUUUUUAAAAUAUGAAAAGCUUGGUCUUGCUCUGUUUUGGUCAUUCAUUAACAUUCUGAGAUGUUUAGUUUAACCAGAGUGUAGUGAUUUUGACGAAAUCUUAUAAAGCUCUGCUGUGUUUUUAGUGGUGGAAAUUUAAAAAAAAACAUAGUUAGCUUAUGUUUAAUCAAGCUCUCCCAAAAACUCAUCAUUGUUUUGCGUAUGAAAUAAACUUAAACAAUCCAUCUCUCAAAAAAAAAACCCAUCAUUCUUUGGAUACGUCGAAAAACGUACACGUUUUCAAAGUAAACCUAAUACAUAUAC